UAUACCAAGAGCUCCCCCUUUCCGGUUCUGUGUCGGUCUGCUUAAUUUGCAGUCUCGUGGACGCACAAAGUUGGUGAUAAGGGCAAAUUUAGGGCAUACGAAGACCGAAGAAGAAGCUGUCAAUGGAGUUGGUAGGCGAGAAGAGGGACUUUGAUUCUGCAAACGACAACAACAAGCUCAACUCUGCUCAACCACUUUUUGAUUCUUCUCAUCCACCCUCACUCUCCGAUGACACAAAUGCUAAAGAAGCUGAAGAUUUAAGUGAACGCGUAGCUCGAGACCUUAAAGAUGGUCUUCAUCCCCUAAAGAUGACAGGAUAUACGAGGGAAUACAAGGCAAGCCCAAAAGACAAAACAACCUGCACACCCAAUUACAAGAUGGGACUCCAAUCCAAAAGAAUCUCAAUGCACAAGUUUGCUUUUUGGUACACCCGUCGAACACCUGGAGUUCGGACUCAAACGUCAUAUGAGGACAACAUAAAAAAGAUUGUGGACUUCAGCUCGGUUGAAGGUUUUUGGGUAAGCUAUUGCCAUUUGGCUCGUCCUUCGUCAUUGCCAAGCCCGACAGAUCUGCAUCUUUUUAAGGAAGGAAUCCGUCCACUCUGGGAGGAUUCUGCCAACUGCAAUGGUGGAAAGUGGAUAAUACGAUUUAAGAAAGUUGUAUCUGGCCGAUUUUGGGAAGAUUUGGUUCUUGCAUUAGUGGGCGACCAACUUGAUUUUGGCGAUAACAUAUGUGGUGCCGUGCUUAGCAUUCGUUUCAACGAGGAUAUUUUGAGCGUCUGGAACCGCAAUGCAUCUGAUCAUCAGGCAGUGAUGGGUCUGCGAGAUUCAAUCAAAAGGCACUUAAAGCUCCCACACGGGUAUGUAAUGGAAUACAAACCCCACGAUGCGUCUCUGCGUGAUAACUCGUCAUACAGGAACACAUGGUUGCGAGGGUGAGAAAAAGGAGAAUGUACGUUGAAGCUGAAUGAUGUUUUACAUGGUCUGCACUUCCCUGAUUGCUUUUGGACCCUUCUUUGGAUGUUAAGCGAUUGAUUCACUGACAAUUCUUUCUUUAGGAUAUUGGAGCUUUUCUUAAUUACAAUGUCAAGGCUACUAUGUAAUGUAAAUAUUUGGACAUUUGUAACCGUAAACUGCUCUGAACAGGAACCUUGGAAGAGAGACCUACACAAGACAACUUCUGUUUACAUGUUAUAACUUAACAUUGUUCAUGUUUUUUUAGGACAAAACGUAGAUCCACGCCCCCAGCUGCUACACUUAGACUGUUUGUUAAA